UUUGUAGAUCUGUAAUCAGCCCCAGGCUUCACUUUAUUCUGCGAUAAUCAAGUUGUAACCGAAAAAUGAGAGUAUCAGGGGUUCAUUAGCACACUAGGCGAUUGAGAUGGGUUGUCCGCUCCGCAUCAAGGAGGCUUUUGCUGCAGCAAGCGAGUUUCUCGGCCCGGUUCUUCAACGAGAGGAACUGCAGAAAUCUCGCGGAGACUCACUUAUAGCGAUCUUGAAUAGGAAUUUACCUGGACCCUCUUUGGACGAUGCAUCCACUAGAGCAAACGUCAUUGGCAAAGCAUUGGACUUGCUAUGUCAGAUCCAUGUAGCCUUUGUUUCUCCAGUAAAUGAGUCAAAUAAAGACCUGGAGGAGUAUGAAACCGCUGAAAAUGCUGGUUUGGAGGAUGCCAAACGGCGCCGCAUACUCCACACUCUUCUGGACCUGAUUUCCUUGGAAGGAAUCUAUCCAUCACUCUCAUCAGGGGUAGGAAUUCCUCUUCAGCAGAGGGUAAUAUCUGUCCUCCCAGCCGGCGUGAUUGCCCAACAGCAAGCUCCCGUGCAUGAAACCCCCCAGGAUGAAUCUCUUCUCUGCCACAUACUACUGGGACUCUCCGACAUUAUAUUUGAUGAGCGUCCUAGCAUCCAGCCUGUGAUCCGGGGCCGAAUCCUCAGCGACAUCGUCAGUGUGGCAUCAGAUUUAGGCUAUAACCCAGGGAUUGUAACCGACGAUAGGCAGCCUCGAUAUCGUCAUAUUCUCUCAAAGGUCGUCGAAGAAACUCCUAGCGCGAUCUUACUCUCGACUUUGUCCGCUUUUCUGCAGGCAAACCCUGCCUCAUGGUUCAAGUUAGUCAUCUCCGGCCUCUUAUCAAGAGUCCCAUUGCGGGACAAUGGAGUGUUACAGACGAUUAUCUUUCUGGCAUCGCAAUUUGCACCCUCCCUUGGACAAGAACCUAACGCACAAGCUUCUAAUGGCCCACAUAUUACUGUGAAUGCCAUAAUGCAUGCGUCGCGUCUUCUUUCUUCAGUGCCACAAGAUAUGGACCCCACCAAUUACUUCACCGUCAUUGGACCACAACUGUUGUCUCUGAUUGAUGGCGAUGAUCCGGAUUUGAGAAAGGCCGCUGCUUAUAUUGUUGGGAAUGGAAUUCUUGGAAAGAGGGCUUACGGGGCGCCUGGGACUAUCGGACACUCAAUAUUCCUGGAGCCUAUAUUCAAAACCAUAACAGGGACUCUGGAUGGUCCUUCUAGGAAGUAUAUGCUAUCAAUAGAUAGCACCCAAGAUCAUUGCUCAGGGCAAAUUUUGUCGUGUGAAUGGGAGGUAAUGCGAGCGAUUGACAGGUUGAAAACACUGGUCCUUCAACCCCCAAACCCUGGACUUGUCAAGAGAGUCGUGUUCCCUGUCCUUCUUCCCCUCUGGGGAUUGGCUUGUUUUACUACGGAGGAGGAAAAUGUGCCUCUCCAUGAGGAUGUCAUGACGGUACUACAGACAUACUUUGGCAUUUCCGUUGGGUUGCCUCCUUUGCAAAAAAUCAUCGACAAUUUUCUGUGGGAUGGUGGCCCGACAUGGACUUAUGGGACAGAUUCCGCAAACAAGAUUUUGCUGCAAAACCGCACUGAAGCGAGACCUGGAAAGGAUUUGGUGAGCCUGGUCGAUACGCUUCAGUCUCGGGCUAAGUUAUUCAGGAGCCUACUGGAUGCUGACCCCAGCCGCGAGGAGCGCACGGGAGAAGUUUUCCUCUACGUGAGCGAAAACUGGCUAGUGAAGUCUUCAGCGGACGCCCAACCGUUGCACAAGCUACAGCUUGUGCCCGAUGAGGAUGAUUCUGAGAUUAUAAUACGGAAGUUGACAAGCGCUAAGCUAGCAGAGACGCUGUUGGAUAAUUUUAAGGACACUCUCUCCCGUCGUCCUCUCAAGGUCCUCGAGCUUAUCAAGCAAAUAAUAGAUGGUGAAUUGAAUGAUGCAAAAACGCGAAGCCGGAACAGUGUAGAGAAUGUUUCCCCAAAGGUCUCUUUGUCUUCGUUGGCCAAUAUUGUGCCCUCACAUCAAGUUGGAGAAGACACAUCUGCUGAGCCGGAAUCCACUCAAUCACUUUCAGUUGUACUUAGUUUGCUUUCCACAAUCCUCGCAUCCCCCGAGUUUGCAGUGUCGAAUGAAACCAGCGAGCUUCUGGAAAAUAUUAAGGGAAAGCUAGAUGAGCUACUUCCAUACCUGCCUCCAUCACUUUCAAAAUCGGGCACAACAUCAUCAAUGCUCCUUGAAAUCCAACUUGCAAGCCCUGAACAGCAAGAAUCUGGGACAAAAGGCCCUGAGAUACCGGAUUUCGAAACCCACCGCCGCGCUCUAGCCAACCUCAAUUCAGACCUUCCCCCUGUACAAGCAGAAGGAUUCUCCCUUCUCUCAGAUUUGAUCAAGAAAGCCUCCCCAAUUCUUGAUAUACCAUCAACAUUAACCCUUCUCCUAUCCAUAAUUACGGACUCCUCAGAAGCAGCCUCCAACGACGAGUUCAUCUACCUAAACGCAAUCAAGCUAAUUGGCGCCCUAGCGUCAAGACAUCCACGCACCGUCGUAAAAACACUGAUGGACCGGUACAUCGACAGGAGCGAAAACGCAAGUCUCGAUCAGAGACUGAAGAUUGGAGAAUCCCUCCUCCGCACCGUGCAAGACCUCGACGAAGCUCUAGCUGGAGAAACGGCAAAAAUCCUAGGCGAUGGCCUUAUCACCGUUGCAGGACGUCGUGCACACAAACCACAAGCACAAAAAGCCCGCAAACAAGCCCUGGACCGAGAAAAGCGGAGAAAAGGGCGUGAGGAACGACCGACACCAGACGCCGCCGUGCCUCCAGGGUGGAAAUUCUCGUCCUCACCUCUACCAUCAUCGUCCUCCAACGCCGAGGAAGACAUACAUGAUUCAGACUCCGAAUCAGAGACACCAGAGCAAGCCGCAAGAUCUGCGAAUAUCAUUUCCGCGUGGGCGGCAGGCGCUUCCCAAGAUCAGGAGCCGGAUGAUCUGCGAAUCCGUGCAUCUGCGCUCUCCAUCCUCGCCACCGCAGUGCAAACCAACCUGCUCGGACUGGGUCCAUCGAUCGUUUCAUCUGCCGUGGAUCUCGCACUCGCAACACUGACCCUAGAACCAGAUGACGAGUCCGCAAUCCUCAGACGCGCGAGUGCGGUUCUCCUCCUUGAUAUAUUGAAAGCGCUUGAUAGCGCCCGCGAAACCCGCGGAAGUCAAAACCUGGGUUUCGGAUUCUCCCUUAUGGAGGAGAGGUCGGCUGCCCCAGAAAACGGGAGAGGACCUGCCACGAUUGGGAAUAUUUCUCACAUGCUGCGCACGCUUGCGGGCGUGGAAAGUCGGGAGACGGAUACGAUUGUUCGUGGCCAUAUCCGGGUGCUGACGGAGAGUUUGGAGGCUUGGGUUGAGAAGUCUCUUCUUUGGGGGAUUGGCGAUCAAGCCGCGGCGAUGCGAGGCAACGAGCCCCGGUUUGGCCUAGGGGAUCAGAUUGCGGGACUUCGGCUUGACCCGUUAGCUGGGAGGAGCGAAGGCAGCCGGCCUAGGAUUGAAGAAAUUGAGUAAUUUCAAACGGUUAUCAAGACCCUAUGGGCUCAAACCCAGAGACAGAAAGCCAUAGGGAUGGUAUUAUUCAGUUUACAUACGGACUAACUCAUUGAAUUUUGGUAUUCAUCCCAUCUCUAGCCUUAAGUUGAUGUAAUACAAAGAAGAAAGAAAAGUACAUUACUUAGUUAUUUCCCAGUAGGCGUAAUUAGUCAUUUUGGAUCGAUCACCUGGAUGACCGACUAUUUUGCUGCGUUUUUCAGCCCGUAGUAU